CGUUAACCUUGUAUUUUUUUAAGAAAAUGCAUUUAUCUAAGGAAAAGACACGUAAUUGUCUUGGAAAUGCCUUGAAAAAUAAUAUUCUAAAUUAUCACCAAAAAAACGCACAUGGGGAUAUACCCUGCAGAAAUAAGCUAAAAACCAAGAAAUUAGAGUUUAUUAUUCAUGAGACAUCUUUAGAAACCUUUUUGUCCGAGAUUAAUCUGUCAGAAACUGAGAGAAUAGAGGAGAAAAACAUUAAAAUAAUUGGAUGGAACCGGAGAAAAAAUAAUAUUCUAUCAAAAGAUGAAGAAAAAGAGUUGUUAGAAACUCAUCAGAAGUUAAAAUCAGACUUAAUCAUUCCGAGACGGCCAUACUGGGACUCUGAAACAACAGUAGAAGAUCUUGAAAGAAAUGAAAAAGAAGCGUUUUUAAAUUGGCGUAGAAAAUUGGCAUUUCUUGAAGAGAAAUAUAAUUUACAAUUGACGCCUUUUGAAAGAAAUCUGGAGGUUUGGAGGCAGUUAUGGAGAGUCAUUGAGAAAUGCGAUUUAAUUGUUCAAAUUGUUGAUGCAAGAAAUCCUUUAUUAUAUAAAUCUAGAGAUCUUGAAUUAUAUGUUGAAGAAAUGAAUAAAAAGAAUUUUUUAUUGAUAAAUAAGGCGGAUUUUUUAACAGAAAAACAAAGAAAAUGUUGGGCAGAUUAUUUUAAAAUGAAAGGGAUAUCUUAUACCUUCUUUUCAGCAAUAGCAAAAAAAGAUAAUAAGGAUGAAUAUAUUGAUAAAAAACAUAAAAAUUUGCUAAAAAAGGUAAUGAAUGAAAUAGAAGAGAUAUUCGACGAAAAAAAUUUAGAAAGUGAGGAGGAUUCUCUUGAUAAUAAAUUAAAAAUAGAAGAAAAUAAUCAUCUUGAAGAUGAAAGAAUAAGAAUAGUUUCAGUUGAUGAAUUGAAGGAUAUUUUUUUCAAGGAAUUACAGGUCUUAAAUGAUAAUAAUAAUAAUACAGAGCAUUUUGGGAAAUUUUAUGUAGGAUUAGUGGGAUAUCCAAAUGUAGGAAAAUCUUCAACAAUUAAUUCUAUGAUUAGCGAAAAAAAAGUAUCUGUUUCAUCUACUCCAGGAAAAACAAAACAUUUUCAGACAAUUCAUAUUACUGAUAAAAUAGUACUUUGUGAUUGCCCUGGACUAGUGUUUCCAAAUUUUACUACAACAAAGGCAGAACUUGUUUGUAAUGGAGUACUUUCAAUUGAUCAGCUUAAGGAUUAUAUAAGUCCAAUUGCUUUAAUCAUAAGUCGUAUUUCAAAAGAGGUUUUAGAAAUGAUUUAUGGAAUUUCUUUGCAAAUAAGAACUGUUGAUGAAGAUGGAAUAGGAAUUCUUUCAGCUGAAGAAUUCAUAGAAAAAUAUGCUUCUAGUCGUGGAAUUGAUAAAUGUAUAGCUUCUAGACAUAUUAUUAAGGAUUAUAUAAACGGGAAAUUAUUGUUUUGUACUCCUCCUCCGGAAAUUGAUCCAUACAUGUUUAAUCUUGAACAUUAUGAUACAUUUAAAUUAUCUGGAGACAAGUGCUUACAAACGAAAGAUUCUACUAAAAAUAGGGUGAUCAAUAGACCAUUACAGAAUAAUAAAAAACAAACAUAUUCCGAAGAUAAACAGUCUCUAUCUGCUAGAUUAUCAAAGUUUGAUCAAGAUUUUUUCUCUCAAAAUACAUUAUCUUUAAAUUCAAAUCAAAAAAUUGCAAAAGGUUUUUACUAUAAAAAACAUAUGGGACCCUUUACAACACAUUCUUUUGAGAAUCAUCAAAAUAAUAUUUUAAAUAAAUCUAAGAAACAUUUUAACGUAUAUAAACGAAAAAAAUUUCGCAUUCAAGGAAUAGACUAA